GGGAGGCGCCGGCGCGAGGCCGAGGCGCUCCCCGUCCGCAGCAGCUGCCACCGCCGGCUCGUCGCCGCGCCCCGGCUGCCAGUGCUCCCGCCCUCCCCGCGCCACCGCCCUCGAUGCGGGGCCGGGCCGCUGCGUGAUGGGGCUGCGGAGCGGCGCCCUGCGGCUCGCGGCAGCCGCUGCUUGCGCUGAGGAGCGUCGGUGCCGGGCCCCCCGCGCCCCCGCGCGUCGCGGCGUCUGCUGACCCGGCCCGCCAGUCCGCCCGUCGGUCCGCAGCGCGGCUGAGGAAACUUGAACAUAACUUCAAAAGAAGAUUUGAUUUUUUAUUUCUGGACUGCAUAUAUAUAACAAGACCAUCAGAAUGUCGGGAGCCUCAGUGAAGGUGGCUGUGCGGGUUCGGCCCUUCAAUUCUCGAGAGAUCAGCAAAGAGUCCAAGUGCAUCAUUCAGAUGCAAGGCAACUCGACCAGUAUUAUUAACCCAAAGAACCCAAAGGAAGCUCCAAAGUCCUUUAGUUUCGACUACUCCUACUGGUCUCACACCUCGCCUGAAGAUCCCUGUUUUGCAUCUCAAAACCGUGUGUACAAUGACAUUGGAAAGGAAAUGCUCUUACAUGCCUUUGAGGGAUAUAAUGUCUGUAUUUUUGCCUAUGGGCAGACUGGUGCUGGGAAAUCUUAUACAAUGAUGGGUAAACAAGAAGAAAGCCAGGCUGGCAUCAUUCCACAGUUAUGUGAAGAACUAUUCGAGAAAAUCAAUGACAACUGUAAUGAAGAAAUGUCUUACUCUGUAGAGGUGAGCUACAUGGAAAUUUACUGUGAACGAGUACGAGACCUGCUGAAUCCAAAAAACAAGGGUCAUUUGCGUGUGCGUGAACACCCACUUCUUGGCCCAUAUGUGGAGGAUCUGUCCAAGCUGGCAGUCACUUCCUACACAGACAUUGCUGACCUCAUGGAUGCUGGGAACAAAGCCAGGACAGUGGCAGCUACCAACAUGAAUGAAACAAGUAGCCGUUCCCAUGCUGUGUUUACCAUUGUUUUCACCCAGAAGAAACAUGAUACUGAGACCAACCUUUCCACUGAGAAGGUCAGUAAAAUCAGCUUGGUGGAUCUAGCAGGAAGUGAACGAGCUGAUUCAACUGGUGCCAAAGGGACUCGAUUAAAGGAAGGAGCAAAUAUUAAUAAGUCUCUCACAACUCUGGGCAAAGUCAUUUCAGCCUUGGCAGAGGUGGAUAACUGCACCAGCAAGAGUAAGAAGAAGAAGAAGACUGAUUUUAUUCCUUACAGGGAUUCUGUACUUACUUGGCUCCUUCGAGAAAAUCUAGGUGGCAAUUCUCGGACUGCAAUGGUUGCUGCUCUGAGCCCAGCAGAUAUCAACUAUGAUGAAACUUUGAGCACUCUGAGAUACGCAGAUCGUGCAAAACAAAUUAAGUGCAAUGCUGUUAUCAAUGAGGACCCCAAUGCCAAACUGGUUCGUGAAUUAAAGGAGGAGGUGACACGGCUGAAGGAUCUUCUUCGUGCUCAGGGGCUGGGAGAUAUUAUUGAUAUUGAUCCAUUGAUCGAUGAUUACUCUGGAAGUGGAGGCAAAUAUCUGAAAGAUUUUCAGAACAAUAAGCAUAGGUACUUGCUAGCCUCUGAGAAUCAACGCCCUGGCAAUUUUUCCACAGCAUCCAUGGGGUCCCUUACUUCAUCUCCAUCUUCCUGCUCACUCAAUAGUCAGGUGGGCUUAACAUCUGUGACCAGUAUUCAGGAGAGGAUCAUGUCUACACCUGGAGGAGAGGAAGCCAUUGAACGUCUAAAGGAAUCGGAGAAGAUCAUUGCUGAGCUGAAUGAGACCUGGGAAGAGAAGCUGCGUAAAACAGAGGCCAUCAGAAUGGAGAGAGAGGCCUUGUUGGCUGAGAUGGGAGUGGCCAUUCGGGAAGACGGAGGAACCCUGGGAGUUUUUUCACCUAAGAAGACCCCACAUCUUGUUAACCUCAAUGAGGACCCACUAAUGUCUGAAUGCCUGCUUUAUUACAUCAAAGAUGGAAUUACAAGGGUUGGCCAAGCAGAUGCUGAACGGCGCCAGGACAUCGUGCUGAGUGGGGCUCACAUUCAAGAAGAGCAUUGUAUCUUCCGGAGCGAGAGAAACAACAGUGGGGACGUUAUUGUGACCCUAGAGCCCUGUGAACGCUCAGAAACCUACGUAAAUGGCAAGAGGGUGGCCCAGCCCGUUCAACUGCGCUCAGGAAACCGUAUCAUCAUGGGUAAAAACCAUGUGUUUCGUUUCAACCACCCGGAGCAAGCACGGGCAGAGCGGGAGAAGACUCCUUCUGCCGAGACCCCCUCUGAGCCUGUGGACUGGACAUUUGCCCAGAGAGAACUUCUGGAAAAACAAGGGAUUGAUAUGAAGCAGGAGAUGGAGAAAAGACUACAGGAGAUGGAGAUCCUAUACAAAAAGGAGAAGGAAGAAGCAGAUCUUCUCUUGGAGCAGCAGAGACUGGACUACGAGAGUAAGUUGCAGGCCUUGCAGAAGCAGGUUGAGACCCGCUCCCUCGCUGCAGAGACGACAGAAGAGGAGGAAGAGGAGGAAGAAGCUCCUUGGACACAACAUGAAUUUGAGCUGGCCCAGUGGGCCUUCCGGAAGUGGAAGUCUCACCAGUUUACUUCAUUAAGGGAUUUACUCUGGGGCAAUGCUGUUUACCUGAAGGAGGCCAACGCCAUCAGCGUUGAACUGAAGAAGAAGGUGCAGUUUCAGUUUGUUCUGCUGACGGACACAUUGUACUCCCCUUUGCCUCCGGAAUUACUUCCCACUGAGAUGGAAAAAACUCAUGAAGACAGGCCUUUCCCUCGUACUGUGGUGGCGGUAGAAGUCCAGGAUCUGAAGAACGGAGCGACACAUUAUUGGUCUUUGGAGAAACUCAAGCAGAGGCUGGAUUUGAUGCGAGAGAUGUAUGACAGGGCAGGUGAGGUGGCCUCGGGCGUUCAGGAUGAAAGCGAAGCCACUGUGACUGGCAGUGAUCCGUUUUAUGACCGGUUCCAUUGGUUCAAACUGGUAGGAAGCUCCCCCAUUUUCCACGGCUGUGUGAAUGAGCGCCUUGCUGACCGCACACCCUCCCCCACUUUUUCCACGGCCGAUUCCGACAUCACUGAGCUGGCUGACGAGCAGCAAGAUGAAAUGGAGGAUUUUGAUGAUGAGGCGUUCGUGGAUGACACCGGCUCUGACGCAGGGACGGAGGAGGGAUCAGAUCUCUUCAGUGACGGGCAUGACCCGUUUUACGACCGAUCCCCAUGGUUCAUUUUAGUGGGAAGGGCAUUUGUUUACCUGAGCAACCUGCUGUAUCCUGUGCCCCUGAUUCAUAGGGUGGCCAUUGUCAGUGAGAAAGGUGAAGUGCGGGGAUUUCUACGUGUGGCUGUGCAGGCCAUUGCAGCGGAUGAAGAAGCUCCUGAUUAUGGUUCCGGAAUUCGACAAUCAGGAACAGCUAAAAUAUCUUUUGAUAACGAGUACUUUAAUCAGAAUGACUUUUCUUCAGUUGCAAUGACUCGUUCUGGUCUAUCCUUGGAGGAACUGAGGAUUGUGGAAGGACAGGGUCAGAGUUCUGAGGUCAUCACUCCUCCAGAAGAAAUCAAUCGAAUGAAUGACUUGGAUUUGAAGUCAGGCACUUUGCUGGAUGGUAAGAUGGUCAUGGAAGGGUUUUCUGAAGAGAUCGGCAACCACCUGAAACUGGGCAGUGCCUUCACUUUCCGAGUAACUGUGCUACAGGCCAGUGGGAUCCUCCCCGAGUAUGCAGAUAUCUUCUGUCAGUUCAACUUUUUGCAUCGCCAUGACGAAGCAUUCUCCACUGAACCCCUCAAAAACAACGGCAGAGGAAGUCCUCUGGGCUUUUAUCACGUGCAGAAUAUUGCAGUGGAGGUCACUGAAUCAUUUGUGGACUAUAUCAAAACCAAACCGAUAGUGUUUGAAGUCUUUGGGCAUUAUCAGCAGCACCCACUUCAUCUGCAAGGACAGGAACUUAACAGCCCGCCUCAGCCAUCUCGUCGCUUCUUCCCUCCGCCCAUGCCGCUCUCCAAGCCAGUUCCAGCCACCAAGUUAAACACCAUGAGCAAAACCAGCCUUGGCCAGAGCAUGAGCAAGUAUGAUCUUCUGGUUUGGUUUGAGAUCAGUGAACUGGAGCCUACAGGAGAGUACAUCCCAGCUGUGGUUGACCACACAGCAGGCUUGCCCUGCCAGGGGACGUUUUUACUCCAUCAGGGCAUCCAGCGAAGGAUCACAGUGACCAUCAUCCACGAGAAGGGGAGUGAACUCCAUUGGAAGGAUGUUCGUGAGCUGGUGGUAGGCCGGAUCAGGAAUAAGGCUGAGGUGGAUGAGGCUGCGGUUGAUGCCAUCCUCUCUCUAAAUAUUAUCUCCGCCAAGUACCUGAAGUCCUCCCACAACUCCAGCAGGACCUUCUACCGUUUCGAGGCCGUGUGGGACAGCUCCCUCCAUAACUCUCUUCUUCUGAACCGAGUGACGCCCUAUGGGGAAAAGAUCUAUAUGACCUUGUCAGCGUACCUAGAGUUGGAUCAUUGCAUCCAGCCGGCGGUCAUCACCAAGGACGUGUGCAUGGUCUUCUACUCCCGGGAUGCCAAGAUCUCGCCUCCACGCUCUCUGCGCAGCCUCUUCGGCAGCGGCUACUCAAAGUCACCAGACUCCAAUCGAGUCACUGGAAUUUAUGAACUCAGUUUAUGCAAAAUGGCAGACACGGGUAGUCCAGGCAUGCAGAGGAGGAGAAGAAAAAUCUUGGAUACGUCUGUGGCCUAUGUGCGGGGAGAAGAGAACUUAGCAGGCUGGCGGCCCCGCGGGGACAGUCUCAUCCUGGAGCACCAGUGGGAGUUAGAGAAGCUGGAGCUCCUUCACGAGGUGGAAAAAACUCGCCACUUCCUGCUGCUGCGUGAGAGACUUGGUGACAGCAUCCCCAAAUCCCUGAGUGACUCGUUGUCCCCCAGCCUCAGCAGUGGGACCCUCAGCACCUCCACCAGCAUCUCCUCUCAGAUCUCUACCACCACCUUUGAAAGCGCCAUCACCCCCAGUGAGAGCAGCGGCUACGACUCGACAGACAUUGAAAGCCUGGUGGAUCGAGAGAAGGAGCUGGCUACCAAGUGCCUGCAACUUCUCACUCACACCUUCAACCGGGAGUUCAGCCAGGUGCACGGCAGCAUCAGCGACUGUAAGUUGUCUGAUAUCUCUCCUAUCGGACGGGAUCCCUCUGUGUCCAGUUUCAGCAGUGCAACCCUCACUCCCUCCUCCACCUGCCCUUCUCUGGUAGAGGCUAGGAGCAACUCUCUGGAUCAGAAGACCCCAGAAGCCAGUUCCCGGGCCUCUAGUCCCUGCCCAGAAUUUGAACAGUUUCAGAUUGUCCCAACUGUGGAAACACCUUAUUUGGCCCGAGCAGGAAAAAAUGAAUUUCUCAAUCUUGUUCCAGAUAUGGAAGAAAUUAGACCAGGCUCCGUGGUCUCUAAGAAAGGAUACCUGCAUUUCAAGGAGCCACUUUACAGCAACUGGGCUAAACAUUUUGUCGUGGUCCGUCGCCCUUAUGUCUUUAUCUAUAACAGCGACAAAGACCCAGUGGAGCGUGGCAUCAUUAACCUGUCCACAGCACAGGUGGAAUAUAGCGAGGACCAGCAGGCCAUGGUGAAGACACCGAACAUCUUUGCUGUAUGCACAAAGCAUCGUGGGGUCCUUUUACAGGCUCUCAAUGACAAAGACAUGAACGACUGGUUAUAUGCCUUUAACCCACUCCUUGCUGGCACAAUACGGUCAAAACUCUCUCGCAGAUGCCCCAGCGAACCGAAGUACUAAGUGACCCUGCUGAGCAUCCUCACUCGCCUUCGAGAGAUAAAGAAAGUGUUGCCUCUUACUUCUCUCUCUGAUUCUUGAUGGCCCCUCUCGUGUGUAAGCCUGUGGGGUAACUGCUUUCCCUCCUGUCAACACUCUUGCUAGCUCUCCUGGUCCCCGUCUCCAUUGCUCUGUACCCUUCUCUUUUUUCCUGUGCUGAGAAUCUUGGUAGCAGCAUGUGGCCUAACAAAAGGGAGAAAAACAAACAAAAACAACCC